UGUAAAUAUCAUUUGUGUCGUAAUAUACGUAGCAUGUGUACAUAACACAAACUGGUUUGAAGACCGCGCUGAAGCGAAGCCGGAUAGAGACCUCUUUUAUACGUCUCUUCUUCUUAGAGGUACAUACAGUGUAGCUUCAGUCCAUCAUAUCCUGAUUCAUUUCACAAUCUUGUAUCAAGGUUUGGAAUGACCCAGAGACCAUCAUCAUUAAAACCCUCUCAGUAAGGAGUCAUACUCAAACUCAACAAAACAAUGGAAGGUCUAAACAAGAAGGAAGCAAUCAAACUCUACCAAAAACAUAUCGGAUCACCAUGCAAGCUAUGGUUCAAAGAAGAUCCCCUGAAGAUUGUGAAGGCAUCAGGACAGUACAUGUAUGAUGAUCAAAACAACAAAUUUCUUGAUUGCAUCAACAAUGUUUGUCAUGUUGGACAUUGCAAUCCGAGAGUCGUGAAGGCUGGGGCAGAUCAGAUGGCAGUAUUAAACACAAACUCACGCUUCCUCUAUGAUCAAAUGGUACUCUAUGCACAACGUCUAACUCAAACAUUACCAGACAAACUCAAUACAUGCUUCUUCGUUAACUCUGGUUCUGAAGCCAAUGAUUUAGCUCUUCGUUUGGUUCAUCGUCAUACAGGAUCAUCAGACAUGGUUAUUCUUGACCAUGCUUAUCACGGGCACACAUCCAGCGUUAUAGAUAUCAGUCCAUACAAGUUUGCUAAACCGACUAUGGAUGGAAAGAAAGAAUGGAUUCAUGUUGCUCCAGUUCCUGAUACAUACAGGGGCAAGUAUCGAGAUGUCGCUGUCGCUGGAGUGAAAUAUGCAAAUGAGGUCAAGAAGGUCAUCAAAAGGGCAGAGGCUAAUGGUCGGAAGAUUGGCGGGUUUAUCUUGGAGUCGAUGCAGAGCUGUGGUGGACAGAUUAUCUAUCCUCCUGGGUACAUGAGAGAAGCUUUCAGUCAUGUAAAAGAGGCCGGUGGAUUGACUAUCUGUGAUGAGGUUCAGGUUGGAUUUGGGAGAGUGGGAACACACUUCUGGGCUUUCCAGACACAAGGAGAUGACAUUGUUCCAGACAUUGUGACAAUGGGCAAACCGAUGGGGAACGGUCACCCUAUAGCAGCGGUCAUCACUACAAAGGAGAUAGCUGAUAGUCUAGGGAGAGGGAAACACCAGUACUUCAAUACAUAUGGUGGUAACCCAGUAUCCUGUGCUAUAGGUAUGGCUGUCCUUGAUGUGAUCCGCGAUGACAAGCUUCAGGAGCAUGCUACCAGGACCGGUAAUCUGCUUAUGAACAAAGUGAGAGAUCUCGCUAAGAAGUACCCCCUCAUUGGUGAUGUGAGGGGUUGGGGGAUGUUCCUUGGUAUUGAGCUUGUUCAGGAUAGAUCAACCAAGAUGCCAGCUACAGCCGAAGCGGAGUAUACGAUCAAAAGGUUACGUGAAAUGCACAUCCUCUUCAGCUCCGAAGGUCCAUUUGAGAACAUCUUGAAGUUCAAGCCCCCUAUGGUCUUUGAUGAAGGCAACGUUAAUGAUCUAAUCAAGGCACUCACCGUCAUCUUCUCUGAGCUAAAGAAGAAAGGUCCACUCAAGAUUCCUUCCAAUCAUUUUCUCAACCAACCCAUCUGGCAGGCCAGGAUGAAGGGACUUGACAUUGAAGAAGAUGAAGAGAAUGGGUCAAAGAACGAAGGAAGAGGAGGAGGAGGGGUAAAGCGGAAGGCAUCGGUAGGGACUCCGGAGACAUCAUCAUCUGGCGUGGAAUCUCCACUAGUACUCAGCGAUGAUGAGACAGAGAAUACUUCAAUGAUGGAUCGAAAGAAGAAGAUGAAACUCACGGUAGAGAAAGAAGAAGAAGAAGAGGAGAUCGAUCAAAAUGAGAUGGAUUGAAAUGUUACAUAGACAGCUCAGACACUACCAGGCCUAUUCUUUGUAUAUUCAUUCAUACUAUGUCCAUGUCUACCGGUAUUACCUUUUUCUCAUGCUAUAUUGAUGUUCCUAAAACAAAAAUUAUGAACAUUCUGUAUUUAUGUUAACAACACUGAUCAAUUUGCUGUGAUAUCGCUUCAUAAGAAACAAUUAUUAUAUCACAUUUGCUGUGUAAGUUUCAUUAAUAAAGUGAUGUCUAAAAGUUCUUCUUCUUCUUCUCCUCCUUUUCCUUCUCCUCAUUUUUCUUCUUCUUCUCCAUCUUCUUUUUCUUCUUCUUCUUAUUUUUCUCCUUAUUCUUGUUCCUCCUGAAUUUAAGCUCAGUACAUAUAAAAUGAAUACCAUUCUAUCUUAUCAUAAUAAUCUAGUAUUGCCUUGGAGGAUAGGAAGCAGAUCAUAUAUAUUGUGUAUAUUGUAGUAUCGCAGACAUUGAAUUUUAUUUCACUUUCACCAGUCCAUGAGGAGAAGAAUAUAUUAUAUAUAUUUUUUGAGGAUGGGUUGGUGAGUGACUCGUAAUUCAAGAUAGAUCCAUUUAUUUUAUUAUUGAUGGUGUGGCUAUUGAUACUUCUAUGCAUAUCGCAUUCAAAUGUUUUAAUCAAAAUUUUAUCAAAGUAAUUUAUCAAAGUAAAGCCCUGUUGUGAUAAGGCGCAAAUAGUAGCGCUGGUUGUGUGUUUUAAUGUUGUGUAAGAGUUCAAAAAUUGAUAAGCAAAUCAAUAAUGAAAGGUUCUACACAUCAGUUUAUUGGACAAAUUGUUAGUGUAAUUUUAUGUAGUGCUUCUACUUGUGUAAUAUUUGAUUUGCAUUAUUACCAGCAAUGAUUUGUAUUUAGUCUUUACCCACUUUUAUUGUAAUCUGUUUCAUGUAAAGUAUUGACUAUGCUUAUGCCAUAUUGCUAGAAGUUCUACCUCAAUAGAAAGAUUUUUUAAAUGUUUUUUUUUUUUUUUUUGGGGGGGGGGGGGGGAGGCCCUCUUGAAAUCUUGAAAUCAGCGUGUUAUUUCAUGCGAGCGUGGGCAUAGUUGCUACACAACUUCCAUUGUAAAGUUCCUAUGUUUUGACCAGUGUAAAUGGGGCUACAUGUAGAUGCAGGGACUUUCCAGGAUAUACAGGUAUGAAUUAAAGGCAAAGCCUUUUGUGUGAAAGUUAUAUUAUAUUAUAUUUUGUAGUGUGAAUCAAGUUUCAGUUAUUGUUCUGCAUACAAGUAGAUAAUGGCUAAAUGAAUUUGUAAUUGUUACUCAAGAAUGAUCUGCCAUAGCUAGACUACUUCAUAUAUAUUGAGUUGAAUGGUGCCUGAUGCGGAUCUUGAUAGAUACGGAAUUAUCCUGUUUUAUACUAUUGGAUUUUGAUGUAACACAUAUUUUCAGUAGACUCCCUCCACUCCCCUAAUUAUCUCAGGCUGGUAUUCAAUGAAUGAAUAUCAACAUUUUAUUACUCUGUGCGAAAAUUAAAUCUAUAUCCAAUUGCUUAUAUUAGAUAUACAGGUUCCAGAAGAACCAAAGAUGCAUGGUUGUCAGAUAGUAGCUGUUGUUAAGUAGAUGGCCCUUAUAGUGCCAUCAAAUCUACCAGCUUGUCAACGUGAAAUAUUUUGUAAGGCAAGUUUUCAUCUCAUUUGGUCUUGAUGUAUGAUGUUAGGAGCGAUUUAACUUCAUCAGUAAUAAUCUUUUCCAAAUUUCUAAAAGGAAAAACUGGUUUCCUUGGGGUAAAAUUAUUUGGUACAUUACCAAUCUUUUGUCUCUUUAUAGCGCAGAGCUCUCUGAAUACACAAAGGACCUUUGUUGCGUGCAGUUGCCAUUCAUAUACACGUUCAGAAAACGUGGCAGCUUUUUUGCGACGGUUUACCGCAUCUGAACGAUCCUUAAGGGGUACUAGCAGUUUUGUGAAGGCAAGAGGACUAGCAUCGAUAAUGAUGAUGUUAGCUAAGCUGAAAGCCUAAGGUUCAAGCAUUUAUCAAUCAAAUUGAUUGGUAUAUUGCUUUUGAUAUUGAAAGCAAAGAUUUUAUCAUCUAGUAUCUAGAUGAUAAUGAACUAAUGAAAAGCAAUGAUGAUGAUGAUUUAUGAUCUGAGUAGUGUUAAUGCUGUGCAAUGGGUGAGGAAGCUAGGUUAUGUAUUGGUAAUUAACAAGAUAUUAGAAAGAUAUUAAUCUACAUUUGCAACUCUCCACCCUGGUGAGGUAAAUGGGUACCUGGUAGGCUGUACGAUCUUCUCCUUCUCUCGCUAUCUUUCAACGUUCCUUGAAAACCUUUCUCUUUAAUAGUUGAAUUUAUAUAUUUUUGUGUACGUAAUUUUAUUGUUUGCUAUCAAUGUCAAUUAAGUAAUGUAAUGUUGUAAAGCGCUGUGAUACACAUGUAUGUCUGUAAGAGCGCUAUAUAAAUGCCAAUAUUAUUAUUAUUAUUAUUAAGAAAUUCCUUGGAUGUUUGAACACCUUUUCCGCGUAAGCGGGUUAAUGAUAUGACUGCAAGGCCCUCAGGGAGAACAUUAUUAAUAAUGAUGAGGCCACCCAGUGUAAACAAGAUGUAUUAUUAUUAUUAUUAUAACAAGGUAAUACAUUUAUAAUGAUGUAAUUAGAAAACACUCAUCUGACAUACAUAUAUAACCUUCUAGUCUGAUGAAUUAAAAUUGUAAAAGAUAUAUAUAUUUUAAAGGGGAAUUUAAAUAAUCUUUCUUGUAAACUUUACUAUCACUUUAUUAAAUGACAAAGUGACCUUUUAUGCUAGUUUAUCAAAUCGACAGAGAAACUUCGAAAUGCAAACUUGCCCGUUACGUAGCUGUGUGAUUUUAAUCAUCUUAUUGUGGCAAUGUACUUGGUUAAUGAUGUAUCCAUAUGUAUUGCAUUGUAAUAUAACCACAUAACUAAAGUGUAAUACUUAAAUUAAGAGAUACUAGCCUUAUUAAAGCUAUUAUCAUUAUAACAAUAUGUCUGUGUGAUUUAAAUCGAGGAAUAUGUUCCAUUUUAUUUUUAACCCCCAAAAAAUAUUACUGAUUUCUUCUGUGAUGAGCUUGGAAGUUUGGCUUAUCGAAUAUGAACUUGUAUUUAUUAGAAUUUAACAUUUCCACUACAUCUUUAAAAAAAUGCAUGUAUUAUGUAGUUUAUUUUCUAGUUGCAAAUAUAAAUCCAUUUUGCCCUGCAACUCACCCCUCUACAUAAUCUUUGAUUGUUGCACACCAGUAAUCUCUUAUGAUCAGUGCAUUCUUUAGUGAUGUAGGGAUUGUAAUUAUCAAAUAUAUGUAUUUUCUCCUCUCACUUUCUCUACAUGUAUCAAAAACAUUAUAUUGUUCAGCCAUUUGAAUCUGAGAUGUAUAUGUACAAUAAUAAGUGUGUUAUCAGCCUUCUACCAAAUAAGAUAUAGGCUCACAUAGUCAGUUAUGAAGGCAGUUGUCAUGACUAUGUUUAUAUACAGGUGCAGUAUUUUGUGCAAUUCUUGAAAGGCAAAAGAAGAUUGACUCUCUCAAAAAAAAUUAGGUGAUAUCCGUGUGAAAUCAGCUACAUGUAUAGUCAACUUCUAGGAAAAGAAGAAGCUCUGUUGUAGGAAAAUAUAAAAACUUUCACCUCUGCCACCAUGUUUCAAUAUCGUUUUAGUCGCAUUCAAGUGUCACAUAAACAAAGGAUAUAACACUCGUACAGCACCUGUGAAGCCCGAGUGUAUGCUCAAGAGUAUUAUUUUGAUUACUAGUGAGGCUAUAUGCUGCCCUCUUUUGGUAUAAACAUUAUAAGUGUUUCUUUCCUUCAAUCUCAUAAACAUUAUUGUCCCAAUGGAGAGUGGUGAUUAUUCAUGAUAUUCAUGAGUGAUAUAGUGAUAUUGUGUGUGCACACGAGAUGAAUAAAUUACACAUAUAGAUAGAUGCA